UCCUCUCGCCUGUCUCCAACCAGAUAAUUUUAUUGCUCACCGACUACCCUCUAACUUCUCUCUCAGUCUCAGAGUCUUCAGAGUGACUGAACCUUUUCUGUUAAACUUCUUUGCUCACUGUGUGCUUCUGUCUCUCAGUUUUACUCUCUGGUGUUUGUUUUCAAAAAAAGAACAGAGAAAAAUAGAUUACAUUGACUACAUUCUUAUUUACUUCUGGGGUUUUCUGUGAACAAUCGACCUUCUUAAUUUCAAAAUGUUUUUCAGUUUUAACCAAACUGCCCUUUAGUUCACCUCAUUGUGUUGCUAUCAUAUCUGUUUGUUUUGAUUGACUGUAUAAAAAUGAGUAAAGAAGAGUUCUUGAAGAUUCAGACUUGUGUUCUUAAAGUAAAUGUGCACUGUGAUGGGUGUAAGCAUAAAGUGAAGAAGAUCUUGCAGAAAAUUGAAGGGGUUUACACCACAAACAUAGAUGCAGAGCAAGGCAAGGUGACUGUGUCUGGGAAUGUUGAUCCAACCACACUAAUCAAGAAGCUUGCAAAGAGGGGUAAAUAUGCAGAGUUAUGGCGUGCGCCAAAAGCCAACAAUAAUCAGCAGAAUCAACUCAAUAAUCAGUUCAAGAACCUGCAAAUUGGCAACGAGAAAGGUCAAAGUAACAAGAACCCUAAUCAGAAAGGAGCUAAUCCUCAGCCAAAAGGUGGUCAAAAUCCACAGCAUCAACAAUUGAAAGGGAUUCAAGAUCUGAAAAUGCCUUUCAAUGCCAAGGACCAGAACCAGAAGUCUGUCAAAUUCAACGUGCCUGAGAUUGAUGAAUCUGAUGAUGAUGAGUUUGACGAUUCGGAUUAUGAUGAGUUUGAUGAUGAAAUGGAUGACGUUCCAUUGAAUAAGAUGAAACCCGUGAUGGGCAAUGGCCAUGGGGGUGGUCAGAUACCUAAGAUGAUGAAUAAUAAUAUGAUGAACAUGCAGCACCCUCAGUUUAUGAAAGGUGGUGCUAAUGGAGGUUAUAACGGAGGAAAUGCUGAUGGAAAUGGCAAGAUGAUGAUAAAUAAUAUGAUGAAGGGGCAGCACCCCCAGUUCAUGAAAGGUGAUGCUAAUGGAGGCGGUAACAACGGUGGAAAUGCCAAAAAAGGUGGUGGUGCUGGAAACAUACCGAUGCAGGUGAAUUUUGGUGGAACUAAUGAUGGAAAAAGUGGUGCGAAUUUCUGCAAGAAAGGUGGUAAUGGAAAUAAUAACAGCUGUUAUCAGAAUCAAGGAGGUGGAAAGGGUGGCAAGAAUGGUGGUGCUCAACCACAAGAUGGGAAAAACGGUGGUGGCAAUGGUGGCCAGAACAAGAACGGAAACAAUGUCAAUGGUGGUGGUGCUAACGGAGCGAAGAAAGGGAAUGGAAUGAAUGAUGGGUUCCAUGUUAUGCCAAAUAUGAUGGCUAUGAAUGCAGGUGGUAGCAUGGGCCAGAUGGGGAAUAUGCCCAUGGGCCAAAUGAGACCACUGAAUAAUCCACAAAUGGGUAAUGUUCCGGCUGUCCAAGGGCUUCCUACUUCCGCCAUGAAUGGUGGUGGUGGUUUCCAAGGUCUGGGCAUUGAGCACAUGGCCGGGAACCCCUAUUACCAGCAACAAUUGGCGGCAAUGAUGAUGAACCAACAACGUGCGAAUGGGAAUGAAAGGUUUCAACCAAUGAUGUACGCCCGACCUCCACCUGCGGUCAGUUACAUGCCACCUUACCCUCCUUACCCGUACCCUCGACAUCCUGGCGAACAACCAGACCAGUACUCAAUGUUCAGCGAUGAAAACACCUCGAGCUGUUCCAUGAUGUGAGAUUGACAAUAGCAGCAUUAAACUGAAUUCGCCUAAUUUUCUAUCGACCGAUAGCAGCCGUUGAACUUAUGCUUCAGUUGUAGUUUCGAUCCAGUAAUACGCAUGGAUUGGGUUUUACAUUUUUCUUUUCUGAAUUUAGUGUUUGAUCAUAUAUAGGGAGGUUUGUUUUGUUGAUGAAAUGUUCAUAUGUUGAAAACAGAAAUAAAAUCAAACAGAAUGAGGAGUUUUAACGAAAAACAAAUCCCAUAUCUA